AUGGUCCAGAUGGCCACGAAGACGACGACCAUAACGGAGUCCGACAUGUUACAACAGGAAACGUACCUGUCGAAGGACGACCAAAAGGAACAGGUGACGACCGACUACGACGGAGAAAAGUCGCAAUUCCCAGUCAGCAAGCAGGAAAUCAUAUGGACGAACGUCGUGUUCAUCACUCUGUUGCACGUCUUAUCCGUAUACUGUUUUUGCAACUACUUCUUCUCCACGAAAUGGCAGACUUACGUAUGGUCUUUUCUAGUCGGCGGUAUUGGCGGAUUUGGUGUUACCGGCGGCGCCCAUCGAUAUUUCACACAUAGAUCGUUCAAAGCGAAAUUACCAUUACAACUAAUCCUCAUAUUGUGUUACACAGUAUCGGGACAGAACAACAUACCGGAUUGGGUUCGCGACCAUCGGGUGCAUCACAAGUUCAGCGAGACGGACGCCGACCCACACAAUGCAAACAGGGGCUUCUUCUUCUCGCACGUCGGUUGGCUGAUGCAACGCAAACACCCCGAGGUCUACAGAAAGGGCAAGACCAUCGACAUGUCCGACAUCAACAACGAUCCACUGGUGCAGUUUCACACCAAACAUUUUUUUUUGUUCAAGAUGUUGUUCUGUUUCAUCAUACCCGUUUUGAUAUCGGUGUACGCGUUGAAUGAAAACUGGGUGGAAGCCAUCAGCUCACUGGCCGUUGUCCGGUACGUGUUGAACUUGAACUUCACGUGGUCCGUCAACAGCGUAGCUCACAUCUGGGGAAGCAAGCCGUAUGACAAACGCAUUCAACCGGCACAGAACGUGGUGGUGUCCAUCGUGGCUAUGGGCGAGGGCUGGCACAACUAUCAUCACGUGUUCCCGUGGGACUACAGGGCGGCCGAGCUCGGCGGAUACCUGUUGAACACGACCACGUUGUGGCUAGACCUGUUCGCCGCCAUCGGUUGGGCGUACGAUCUCAAGACGCCGCCCAAGCAUCUCGUUCAGCAGAGGGCCGUCAACCACGGCGACGGAAGCUGGCGACAGGAACCGGAAACGGCGCACACGCGGGACUAUAAGACUUCAUAA